AUGAUGGAUCUACCCCUCGAUGACGAAACCCUGCAGCGCGUGUACGCCUGGAUCGACGAGAUCCCGCUGUCCCGACCGAAGAAGAGCAUCGCGCGCGACUUCAGCGAUGGGAUUUUAGCUGCCGAAGUUGUGGCGUUCUACUUCCCUAAGUUUGUGCAGAUGCACAACUACAGCGCUGCAAACUCGAUCAAGCAGAAGCAGUACAACUGGAACACGCUUAAUCGCAAGGUGUUCAAGAAGCUACACAUCUCGCUGUCCAAACAGGAAAUCGACGACCUCGUGCAGUGCCAGUCUGGUGCGAUUGAGCACUUGCUCGUGAAGCUUCAAAUCAAGAUCGCCAAUUAUCGUGAAAAGCGUCCGUCAACCUCGCCAGUGCCUCAGGCACCUCGACAGAUCAGUGAUAACGCAGACGACACGAGUAGCGUCAUUUCCGCAAACACCGCAGUCGCGGGCACUUUGGCAGGCGGGAGUCCUGUCGGCGGAGGCAGUCGUGGUGGGUUGCAAGCUUCACCAGACAAGCAAGGUGAAGCUCACGGAGACCUGUUGGCGCCGAUGAGAGACCUGUCAUUGCAAGAGGCCGACAAACCGGGGGCUUUCAUGGAGCCAGCAGCAGCAGUGUACCCGAUCGAUUCAGUUGGAAAAUCGUACACGCCAAGCAGCGAAACCUCAGUGAAAAACGAGCAUGCGCGUCAAGUGCUGGCUGAGAAGGACAGCGUGAUUGCAGAGCUCCGUGAGACCGUGCAAAUUUUGGAGAUGAAAGUACAGAAGCUGGAGCAGCUUGUGCGGCUCAAAGACGGCAAAAUCCAGACACUUGUGGCAAAGAUUCGCUCUCAAAAGCCCCAGGCUUGA